UAAUCAACUAAUGACCCUGCAGAAUUUGGGAUUAGGAGGCAGGGCUCCAUCAUCUUGCAACACUUAGUUAAUGCGUUGAAGGUUGAAGCAACGGAAUCAACAAUACAGUGUAUUAUGAGCUGUACCGGUAUUAUGGCAGUUUGGUCGCUGGAGAUGAGGUUCCACUGACCCACUGACGUCCAGCAGAAAUAAUGAUAAAAUGAAAUUCAACAAUUGCAUAAAAUUAAUGCGUCUCUGUGAAUGCUUUUAUCAAAAGCAUGGAGUGCUUACGACCUGGGAAAAGAAGCUGAAAAGAGAAAAGAGUAUUAUCUCACUUUACCGUCACUGGUACUUGAACGCCUCGCAGCAACAUCAUGGUCGCUUGAAAAACCGUGCGUGUGCCUGAGCAAGAAACAAGACCAACCAUUUCGAACGAGCGACUACUCCAGUAGCUCUAGCUGGGAACUGGGAAGCUACAAGCGCGAAUCUGAUGGCCCCUUGCAUUGCACCUUGCCGCCCUGAAUAAGAGAAGUUCCUCAUCCCUCCCUCCCUUCACAGUUCACAACAACCGAACAAACCAGACACCAGACCAAUCAACCAUGGUCGACACUCUAGGAAACAACAAUCUAUCCCUCUGGCAAGCCCGCGAGAGGCUUACGCUCCUCUUUCACUUUCCUCACUGGACCCAUUUGACCAAGACAAGCCCCAAUUCGGAGCAAGAUGGAAUGAGCGUUGAAGCGUUGUCAAUUCUCAAACAUUUCCCGACUCUCGCAGCUGAGCCAAUUGAACAUCACUGCAUUUUGAGAGACUCAGAGCGAAGGUACCCCUUGGAAUUUUUUGUUCAGGCUGGAUUUGACCUGGCCACGGUCAAGCAGGUUUACGAGCUGUACCCAGGUGCAAUACACGGUUGUCAGGGGUCAUCCCCAACGGCGACCACUCUUCCUCUGCUCCACAAAGUUUGCAUCGCCAACACAGCUAGGGAAGAUGUCAUUCAGUUUUUGGCGCUUGAGGAUCCAGAUGCCGUGCGGGAGUGCUGCCGUCCCGCUGCCCUGCUGCAAGCCUUGCUCAAGCCAAAGUUCGACAGAGCCCCUCCUUCCUGGAGUUUGAUUCAGAGCCUUCUUCACGAGUACCCGGAGUGCGGGUCGACACGAAACGAAGCUUCCGGCUUUCUACUCUUGGAGGAACUCUUUCGUGUGGGAUAUGAGCCAAAGGAACUACAAACUGUAGUUUCCAUGCUUUCCAGCAAAGUGGAUGCAUUCACAGUCAGCACAGAUCUUUCUUCAACACGGGGUCAAAUGACUCUGGAACGAGUCAAGGUUGUGCAGCAACUGUUACCAAACCUAAGGACCAUAUCCUUUCAGCAGCUCCAGUGGACAUUCGAUGGAUUUCACGAGCUCUUGCGGUCUCUUUCACACCAUCUGUCUAUGUCUUCGUCCCUCCAGGAGAUCGAAGAGUGGGUGCUUCCAAGGGAAAUCUUGGAAGGUUCCCUGUCCGCACGCCUGCUGUUGAAGGAAGUGUUGGUUCAAAACGCUUCCAUCACCGCCAUUUCAUUCAGCGGCCCCGUCUGGACUUACAAGGACGGCGACAGGUUGUUGUUGGACAUCAGUGACAGCAUUGCCAAGUGCAAAGUCGAGAAACUCCAGUCACUGACUCUCCAACGCUUCCAGUGUACUUCAGAAACGCUUGACAAGAUAGUCUCCAGCCCCUGCGCCCCUCGCAACAUCACUCUGAGCAACCUUGAAGUAACCGAACCCGCCAGUGCACUCUCGAGGAGGAAUGUUUGCUGGCAGCAAUCUUCCGUAGAGCGACUCACCCUGGAUUGGCUCGAGGCGUCGGACUCUUGCCUCCACAAACUGCUUUCCAAUCUUGCUCGAAUGCCACAAUUGAGGGAACUGGAAAUCAGUCCUCUGCCAAACCAGUCCAAGCUGGACAUUACUACACCAAUCGUAACCCUCUUGCAGCAAGGCUACCUUCAAGUCUUGCGCGUGGAAAGGCCCUAUGGAGCCCGUAAAAAGUUUGCUUCGAGUGUUCGAAGGUGCAACUUGUGGGUCGACCCGGCGGCCCUGUGCCGGGAACUCGAAACGAAUGGAUCGUUGAAAGAACUCGUGGUUGCCUCUGCCUUUGACCGAAAGAGUCAGACUGCAUUAGGGAACCUCCUCAAGACCAACACGCGCCUGGAGAAGGUUUGGAUCCAGGGACCGGUUGUGGACAAGCAUCAAAAACACAUUAUUGAGUACUACACAUCCUUGAACAGAAAUGGUCGUAUCGUUGUUCGACGCAACGACGCUUCGAAGCUUGAUUUGGUUCGUCUCCUGGCAGAGGGAAGAACCCAAGAGUCUGCCAGACAUGAAGGAGAUCAUCAAGAUGAAGAUGGAGUCCUGCUGGAACUCUUCAAUGUUUACUAUGGCCUCUUGCGCGAAUCACCUAAUCUUUGGUGCUUGAGACAGUCAGCCCUGUCCAAUGGGCCCACGACGAGAAAACGAUUGUUUGCCGAAAUCUAAAGGCGAAUGCUGAUGAUGAUGGAACAAAGAUGACAGUUCACUGGUUCUUGGUAGCUACAUACAUAUAUACCUUGGCUUUCUUUAUAACCUUGUUUUACAUAC